AUGACAACAGAAACCUCUGAUCAACUUGACACCAACAUUGAUGCUCCUAGUCAAACGGUAGUAACCUCAAGUAUUGUGGUCCCUUCCACGUCUACUGCCAAGCGCUCGAGUCGUAAUGAUGCUUUACCGAAGCGACGUGCAAGCAGUGAUUUCUCUAGACAUAAUACGGAAGAGGCCAAAAGACCUCGAUUGGAUAUGACUAGUAAUGAAGCUAAGAAGCGAGGACAAAGAUUAUUCGGGGUGCUAUUAGGCACCUUGACAAAGUUUAAAACCGAAAGUCAAAAUAAAUCUGAAGCUAAAGAAUGUUGGAAGAAUCAAAAGAGAAAUCUAGCCAACUUUCUUUGCACCACUUCCGAACCUCCGUUAUAUUAUCUUCCAGCUAGAUUGUCUCAACCAAUGCUGGAGACUAUAGCGGUACAGAAACGCCAUUUAGCGUUGACACUUUCUCCUUCAAUACAACCAGACAUACAAGAUGUAAUCUCAACAAAUGAGAAAGAAAAUAAUGCCGAAGAAACAGAUCUCAUAAUGAUUGAACGAUCCAAUGUAGUGGGUCAACACAAGGAAGUAAUUGAGGAAAAUCCUGAUGAUACAAAAAUGGAAGAAGAUCAGUCAGAAUUAAAAGUUCUAAAUCCUUCCGAGAAAGUUAAAGAAAAAGAUCAUGAGAAUAUUAGUAUAGCGGAAACGACGAAAAACGCUGUAGAGAUGCCAAUCAAUAAUGAAGAUGAAUGCACGGAUACGAAUGAUGCGAGUAAUGAAGAUACUCCGACCAAGGAUGUUGUAGAUACGGUUGAUAGCAAGGACGAUCCAGUAGAAUAUUAA